AUGGAAACCCGCAAUCAAUCCAAUCAGCCGGGGCAGCCGCCGAAGCAAGCGACCUAUACGCAAGCCUCCAACCCGGUUUCGCAGACACCACAGGAACAGCGAGCUCCGACUGAGCCUGUGCGCCAUUAUGGCGACGCGCCGGGGUCCAUCACUCGGCGCACUGCAGACUCGAAACCCUCAAGUGACGAGGAGCGUGCUCGUCUCGACGGCAAACACCAGCAACAACAGCGCUCGUUACAGAACUCCCCCAAUGUCGAUUUGGGGUAUGGCGUGGAGCAGCAACCAGCAGAGGGAUACAUCGCAGAUGCUGUCCAUCGGAAAGGAAUGGGGAUGCAACGUGCGCAGGCAGGGGCGCACGCAGGCCCCGUCGGUAGCGCCGCAGGACCUGGACACCCUGGACAGGGAGGGGAAAGAGAUCUCACGGCCGAUAUGGGCCGGAAACAGGAACAACAUGACAAGAUGCUGGGAGACAGGGUCGGGCGCAGUCCUCCAGCACCGGACCAUGAAGUCGCUGAAAGAGAGGCAGUCAGGGAGCGCAAGUUAAAGCAGGAUGAGAGCCUGGAUGUAAAAGGCACAGUCAAGGAAGCCACUGGGGACCCGGUGGUAGGUAGUAGGUGA